AUGCCAACAAAAGGUACGAGGAGUGUUUUCAUCUCUCCGUCAAGGUCUUCAUCGCCUUUACCCUCUUACGCUUCUCCAUCUUCUUCCCCUCUACACACCUUGUCUGUAACGAUGAUGGAGGAGAACAUUCUUUAUGCAGAAUCCAUCAUCAUUAAAUGGGACCUCGAAGCUUUGUCUUACUCUAAAGUGGCCUCACUUUUCACCGAUGACCCUAGAGAGGCCAAGGAAUUCAUGAAGGCAGUGAAGGAUCUACAAUCUGCGAUGCAUUUCUUUGUUAAGGAGAACGCAAGUUCUGAAAAGCUUAUCCGUUGUCAGAACUUGAUGCAAAUAGCCAUAAAGAGGCUAGAGAAAGAGUUUUACCAGAUUUUGUCGGCCAAUCGGAAAUUCCUUGACCCUGAGUCUGUUUCUAGCCGAUCUUCACGAUCAUCGAGAAGACCGAGCAGUGUUUCUGAUUAUGAAGAUGAUGACUCGGAGGAAGAUGUGAUUCAGGUGGCUUCAAAUUCAGUACCUGAAGUCGAAAAUGUUUCGGAGAAUGUGAUGCCGGAUUUGAAAGCUAUUGCGGACUGUAUGAUAUCUUCCGGUUAUGGAAAAGAGUGCGUGAAGAUUUACAAAAUUAUUCGGAGAUCGAUUGUUGAUGAGACCCUGUACCAUCUCGGAGUUGAGAAACUGAGUUUCUCGCAGAUUCAGAAGAUGGAUUGGGAUGUGAUCGAGCGCAAAAUCAAGAACUGGUUGAACGCGGCAAACAUCGCCGUGAAAACACUCUUCUACGGAGAGAGAAUUCUAUGCGAUCACGUCUUCUCCGCAUCGGAGAUUGUCAAAGAGUCUUGUUUCGCAGAGAUUUGCAAAGAACCAGCUCUCACUCUCUUUGGUUUCCCCGAAAUGGUAGCAAAAUGCAAGAAAUCUCCUGAGAAAAUGUUCCGGAUUUUGGAUCUCUACGAGUCCAUUUCAGAACUCUGGCCGGAAAUUGAAUCAAUCUUUUCACUCGAAUCACUCUCUUCGGUAAGAUCACAGGCCGUGAACUCACUCCUCAAGCUUGGCGAGGCCGUCCGAGUAGUGUUGUUGGACUUUGAGAUGGCAAUCCAGAAGGAAUCGUCGAAAUCAACUGUCCCCGGUGGCGGAGUCCAUCCACUAACUCGCUACGUGAUGAACUACAUCGUUUUCCUCUGCGAUUACAGCGGAAGUCUCUCAGACAUCAUCGCCGACUAUCCGUUGUCUGCACAAUCACCGUUACCGCAAUCUUAUUUCUCGAGCCCCAUUCCAGACGGAAGCCCGGCGUCGGCUAUAUCCGAGAGAUUGGCGUGGCUUAUCCUUGUUCUUCUCUGCAAACUCGACGGCAAAGCCGUGGUCUACAAGGACGUGUCUCUAUCGUACCUGUUCCUCGCCAACAACCUAAAUUACAUCGUUUCGAAGGUACGUACAUCGAGCUUGACGCUCUUGUUGGGCUCAGACUGGUUGAUAAACCACGACAUAAAGGUGAAACAGUACGCAUCAAACUACGAAAGAAUGGGAUGGAGCAAGGUGAUGACGUCACUACCUGAGAAUCCAACAGCUGAGAUUUCAUUAGAGGCUGCGAAGGAGUGUUUCAGAAAAUUCAAUACGGGUUUCGAAGAAGCUUACCGGAAACAGAUUUCGUGGGUUAUAGCCGACCAGAGAGUACGAGACGUGAUCAAAGUUUCGGUGGCGAAGAAGAUUUUGCCCGCUUAUCGGGACUUUUACGGGAAGUACAGGGAAUUAUUUCGGGGGGAUAUGGGAGAAGAGUCAGUGGUCAGAUAUGCCCCUGAUGAUUUGGGAAAUUACCUGUCGGAUUUAUUUUACGGCAGUGGAGUUUCUGGAAGCGCGACCUCUCUUUCGUCCCCGCCACCGUCGUCUUCUUCUGGGAGGAGUGAUAGAAGCGGUCGUUGA